GGAUAUUUAUUUUUCUUCAGAUCGUCCUUACAUGCGUAUUGUCUAAUUUGAAAGGCUUCCAUGAAAACUUCACUUUAAAAAAAUAAGUAAUGCCAUCAUCUGUUAUCCUAAAAGACUGAAAUGGGGGCUGUCAAUUUGAGGGCCUCAUGGUUAUGAAUGUGCUUCAAUUUCAUAAUGCCUCCUGCUAUGGCAGACAUCCUUGACAUCUGGGCAGUGGAUUCACAGUUAGCAUCUGAUGGCUCCAUACCUGUGGAUUUCCUUUUGCCCACUGGGAUUUAUAUUCAGUUGGAGGUUCCUCGGGAAGCUACCAUUUCCUAUAUUAAACAGAUGUUAUGGAAGCAAGUUCACAAUUACCCAAUGUUUAACCUCCUUAUGGAAAUUGACUCCUAUAUGUUUGCAUGUGUGAAUCAAACUGCUGUAUAUGAGGAGCUUGAAGAUGAAACAAGAAGGCUCUGUGAUGUCAGACCUUUUCUUCCAGUUCUCAAAUUAGUGACAAGAAGUUGUGACCCAGGGGAAAAAUUAGAUUCAAAAAUUGGAGUCCUUAUAGGAAAAGGUCUACAUGAAUUUGAUGCACUGAAGGAUCCUGAAGUGAAUGAAUUCCGAAUAAAAAUGCGCAAAUUCAGUGAAGAAAAGAUUCAGUCACUUGUGGGAUUGUCUUGGAUGGAUUGGCUAAAACAGACGUAUCCACCAGAACAUGAACCAUCCAUCCUUGAAAACUUAGAAGAUAAACUUUAUGGAGGAAAGCUCAUUGUGGCUGUUCAUUUUGAAAAUUGUCAGGAUGUGUUUAGCUUUCAAAUAUCUCCUAAUAUGAAUCCUAUCAAAAUAAAUGAACUGGCAAUCCAAAAACGUUUGACUAUUCAUGGGAAAGAAGAUGAAGUUAGCCCGUAUGACUAUGUGUUACAAGUCAGUGGGCGAGUAGAAUAUGUGUUUGGUGAUCACCCACUAAUUCAGUUCCAGUAUAUCCGGAACUGUGUAAUGAAUAGGACCUUGCCUCAUUUUAUGCUUGUGGAAUGUUGCAAGAUCAAGAAGAUGUAUGAACAAGAAAUGAUUGCCAUAGAAGCUGCCAUAAAUAGAAAUUCAUCAAACCUUCCUCUUCCUUUACCACCAAAGAAAAUGCGAAUUAUUUCUCAUGUUUGGGAAAAUAACAACCCUUUCCAAAUUGUCUUGGUUAAGGGAAAUAAACUUAACACAGAAGAAAGUGUAAAAGUUCAUGUCAGGGCUGGCCUUUUUCAUGGUACCGAACUCCUGUGUAAAACCAUCGUAAGCUCAGAGAUAUCAGGGAAAAAUGAUCACAUUUGGAAUGAACCACUGGAAUUUGAUAUAAAUAUUUGUGACCUGCCACGAAUGGCUCGAUUAUGUUUUGCUAUUUAUGCAGUUUUGGAUAAAGUGAAAACGAAAAAAUCGACUAAAACUAUUAAUCCCUCUAAAUAUCAGACCAUCCGGAAAUCUGGGAAAGUGCAUUAUCCUGUAGCAUGGGUAAAUACAAUGGUUUUUGACUUUAAAGGACAGUUGAGAUCUGGAGACAUAAUAUUGCACAGCUGGUCUUCAUUUCCUGAUGAACUUGAAGAAAUGUUGAAUCCAAUGGGAACUGUUCAGACAAAUCCAUAUACGGAAAAUGCAACAGCUUUGCAUAUCAAAUUCCCAGAGAAUAAAAAACAACCUUAUUAUUAUCCUCCCUUUGAUAAGAGUCGAGGUGGAAAAAAGUUUCUUGCUGUACUGAAAGAAAUCUUGGACAGGGAUCCCUUGUCUCAACUGUGUGAGAACGAAAUGGAUCUUAUUUGGACUUUGCGACAAGAUUGCAGAGAGAAUUUCCCACAGUCACUGCCAAAAUUACUGCUGUCGAUCAAGUGGAAUAAACUUGAAGAUGUUGCUCAGCUUCAAGCCCUACUUCAGAUUUGGCCUAAACUGCCCCCCCGGGAGGCCUUGGAGCUUCUAGAUUUCAACUAUCCAGAUCAGUACGUGCGAGAAUAUGCUGUGGGCUGCCUGCGACAGAUGAGUGAUGAAGAACUCUCUCAAUAUCUUUUACAACUGGUGCAAGUUUUGAAAUACGAGCCUUUUCUUGAUUGUGCCCUCUCUAGAUUCCUAUUAGAAAGAGCACUUGCUAACCGCAGGAUAGGGCAGUUUCUAUUUUGGCACCUUAGGUCAGAAGUGCAUAUUCCUGCUGUCUCAGUACAGUUUGGUGUCAUCCUUGAAGCAUACUGCCGGGGAAGUGUAGGGCAUAUGAAAGUGCUUUCUAAACAGGUUGAAGCACUCAAUAAGUUAAAAACUUUAAAUAGUUUAAUCAAACUGAAUGCAAUGAAGCUAAACAGAGCCAAAGGGAAGGAGGCCAUGCAUACUUGUUUAAAACAGAAUGCUUACCGGGAAGCCCUCUCUGACCUGCAGUCACCUCUGAAUCCGUGUGUCAUCCUCUCAGAACUCUAUGUUGAAAAAUGUAAAUACAUGGAUUCCAAAAUGAAGCCUUUGUGGCUCGUGUACAACAACAAAGUUUUUGGUGAGGAUUCAGUUGGAGUGAUUUUUAAAAAUGGUGAUGAUUUACGACAAGAUAUGUUGACACUCCAGAUGUUGCGCUUGAUGGAUUUACUUUGGAAAGAAGCUGGUCUGGAUCUUCGGAUGCUGCCUUAUGGCUGUUUAGCAACAGGAGACCGCUCUGGCCUCAUCGAAGUUGUGAGCACCUCUGAAACAAUUGCUGACAUUCAGCUGAACAGUAGCAAUGUGGCUGCAGCAGCAGCCUUCAACAAAGACGCCCUUCUGAACUGGCUUAAAGAAUACAACUCUGGGGAUGACCUAGACCGAGCCAUUGAAGAGUUUACCUUGUCCUGUGCCGGCUACUGUGUAGCUUCUUAUGUCCUUGGGAUUGGUGAUAGACAUAGUGACAACAUCAUGGUCAAGAAAACCGGCCAGCUCUUCCACAUUGACUUUGGACAUAUUCUUGGAAAUUUCAAGUCUAAAUUUGGCAUUAAAAGGGAACGAGUGCCUUUUAUUCUUACCUAUGAUUUCAUUCAUGUGAUUCAACAAGGAAAAACAGGAAACACAGAAAAAUUUGGCCGUUUCCGCCAGUGUUGUGAGGAUGCAUAUCUGAUUUUACGACGUCACGGGAAUCUCUUCAUCACUCUUUUUGCACUGAUGUUGACUGCAGGGCUUCCUGAGCUCACAUCAGUCAAGGAUAUACAGUAUCUUAAGGACUCUCUUGCCUUAGGAAAGAGUGAAGAAGAAGCGCUUAAGCAAUUUAAGCAAAAAUUUGAUGAGGCACUCAGGGAAAGCUGGACUACUAAAGUGAACUGGAUGGCCCACACAGUUCGGAAAGACUACAGAUCUUAAUGAUCAGCCUUUGCUCCUAAUGUAUUUGUUGGUUUUGUUUAGUUUUCAUUUUGCACUUGCACUAAAUUGAACAUGACCCUGCCGGAGAUGUUUUAAAGGGAAUGAAAUCCUAGAACUCAUUUAAAUUAAGAACAAGGCAUCCCACAGAACCUAAUCUGCACAGUUCCUGAUGACCACCCUCUGCUUCAUUGAAUGCUUCCAAGAUUCAUCAUGAAAACUCUCAACAUUAUGGAUAAUCAUUUCCUGCUGACUUUGCACGCCGAGGAAUGCUACUAGAGAUUGUUUUCUGUCGUUGUCGUCGUCGUCGUCGUCUUCUUCUUCUUCUUCUUCUUCUUCUUCUUCUUCUUCUUUUUUUUUUUUAAGUAUUUGGUACUUUUCCAGAAAGGUGUAAAUACUUCUUUUUGUAUUGUGACCAAGUGUUAUCACUCAGCCGACUUAUCCACUCCUGGGCACUGGUAGUUGUUCUUAUUUUCCAAAUGAAGCUUAAAAGAAAGGUAUCUUUCUUCCCCUUUUAAAUUGUGUAAACUACAAAUUAUAACAUAAUUUGAAAUUAUGUUUUUUUUUUUUUUUUCAAAAGAAAUCUCUAAAUCUAUGGAAACAUUAAUUCUUUUGUUGAUAUUUAUCUACCAGGACAGCAUCAUUUCUAGCAGGCUUGCUGAAGACCUGCUGGUGAGGCAAAUAUAAUAUAUAUGUUGCAUAUAUAUUUAUAAAAUUUCUAGUGGAAGUUCUAUAUAAAAAGACAUUUCUUUGUUUUUUUUUUCAGUCUGUGUUUUAAAGUUUUACAAAAAGAAGAGCUUUUUCCUAAGUUACUUUUUUUAGUUAACUAUGUGAUCCAGUUCUUCCAGUUGCUUCUGUAAUGAGGCACAUAAUACUUUCAGUUUUUACAUGGUUUCUAUGAAAGAGUUCAUUUCAUAGAGCAUAAUACUUGAGCAAAUGCAUCCAAGACAGAAAGCAAAUGAAAAGGAAACUAUUUAUGGAAUCAUCUCCACACCUAAAAUUCAGUAUUUUAGUAAAAUGCCAGCUGUUCUUACUGUAUUUAUUAAAACUUGUAAUAAUGUGAUUUUUUUCAAGGAUAUUAGCUCAAAUUGAAAUGGUUUCAUGCCACAUGGAAUUCUUUAAUUUAUUUGUUGAGGUACCAUAUCUUUAGGGUGCUAGAUGGCAAAUAAUGUUAAUAUGUGCAAUAAGAACUACUGGUUUGAAUGUGUAAAUGGAUGCUCUUUCUGAGUACUGGCAAUAUCCAUCAAAACUACUGCUUUUUCUCCAAAGACUUUUGGGAGCUCUCAAUCCUCAGUGACAUGAGAAAGAGAACUGAUUAUUUGCCCUGUGACUGAGUUUUCUAUAGGAAUUUUAUUAAAGAUUGUUUAAUUUUGUUGUCCUCCUUCAUGUUCUCAGUCAAAUAAAUGGGUGAGCUGGUUUCAGCUGCUCUUGGGAUUUGUGGGCUGCUUCUUUAUGGACAGCACAGGCCUUUAGAUCUUGGCACUGGGACUCUAAGAAAUGGCCAAGUUAAGGGACAAAUCAAUCUGAGGAAUAGGCUGAGGCUCAUGGUCUCUUCUCUUGACUUCUACCUCUGCUUCCCAGCCCCAACAGGCAGUGUGGGAAGCCUCUUGGACCUUAGUUGGUGCCUGAGGCUCAUCAAGUUUCCAUACCUUUGUGAGGUACCCUGAGGUUGGGGAGAAUGCCUGUUCAGUUACUCAGUACCCAAGCCAAGGCCAGACUGUGGCCACUUUGUAGCUCUCUUCCAUGGGGCAGAUGUUCAGGGGAAGUCAUAGUUUCUUAGAAGUAAGUCAGCCGAGGAUGGAGAUUGACCUCUAAACUGACCAUUCAGGGCUGGUCCAAACUCAGUGAGAGUUCCAGGAAUAGGACUGUGAAGGAUAGAUUUGUUCAAGGCUCUUUGUCCGGUAGCAGUCUACCAUUACAUGCACUAGGUUGCAGGUCAGGAGUUUGGAAACUGGUGAAUGUUGCCAGCUGGAAGUGGGCCCCACUGCUUCCAGAGGGGUCUCCUCACCCUACACGGAACCUUGGUUUAAAAAAUACAUAUAUUCACAAUGAAUGUGAAUGUCAAGAGUAAGAAAGAGAAAUAAACAGUCCUGGGUGUGAGCCCAGGAUGACUCUGUACUCCCCCUCCACCAUCUCUGCCAUAAGCCCUCAAAGAUAGCCAGGACACUAUGACACAGUAGCCCUCUGUAGCUGCCAACCAUUCGUAACAGGUGCUCCCCACAUACUUCCUGGAUUGCAUAUUUCUGAUUCUCAGGGGCUCUGUCAGAGCCAGAGAGGGGAGGUGGAAGGCAGAGGAUAGCUAACCAAGAAGUCUGGGCUGCAGGGUCAGCUUGUUGCAUGGGGUCUCGUUACCCAUUACCUUGCCUGUUUAGUGCUCUGGUCAACAAUAAAUCUUAGCCCAAAACUUUUGGCUCCUUGUCUUUUGGUCCUUCCCCAAGUUUAUCCAAGACAUUGCUUUACCCUAUACAUUUCCAUACUUGAGGGCAGCAUCUGUGUCUGCCUGGGUCUGGGAAGACAAAGGAUGGCUUUGUUGAACAGGUAAUUUCGGAGUAUUAACCUAGUAUAUCUAUAGGCAGACUCUGGGCUGUAGAGACCAAUACUUGCAAUCCAGCUCUGCCUCUGUGACCCUUGAGUAAGGUAUUUUAUUUCUCAGGGUCUGAGCUUCCUAGUGUGUGAAAUGGGACUGAUAAUAACUGCCCUACUCACUUCUGUAUGGUGGUGAGAGGCUAGGUUAAGACGGUGAAUGGGAACGUAUGCUGAGUCCCAAUUUAGAGGCAAACUCAUUUCUUUCCCUGCUUCUACUACUUGAAGGCCACUAAAGGGAGGAAUCUCAGAGAAGGAAAGCCCCUUCCAGAGCUCUAUCCCUGUCUCCUGACUGAGGAAGUCCUUCAGUGUAUUCUCAGUUCUGCCUUGUCCAGCCCAUGGCCCUGACUCUCAGCACCAGACCUGCCAGGCAGCCUGUAAUGCAGAGGUCACUUGUCUGUAGAAGGAGAAAGACUGUGGGAAGGAGAGCAGGGAGGUACCUGCCAUGUGACCCUGACUGUGGGGGGUGGGCAGCUUUUAAAAAGGAGGGGGCAAGGGCUGAGGUCUCUUGGAUCAGAGGGUGUCUGAGCUGAGUCUUCCAAGGACAGACAGAAGCUAGGUGAAGGGGCGAUAGGUGAGACUAAGCAGGAAGGUACAGCAUGUUGUAAAGUCCUAGGUGUGUGGAAAAACAGGAUGCACUAACAGGCUCAGUAGUUGUUUCUUUGCCCCUGCCUCUUCUCCUUCCUCCGCUCCAGAAUGCUGCACUUGUCCAGCUCCAGCUGGGAUCUAAACAACAGUCGUGUCAUCCUGGAGCCUCUUCCUCUUUCAGUAUCUGUGGCAGUUUUAUCCCCUUGUCUGAUGAUUGGAAAAGUAUCCGAUAUCACCGUCUGGGUUAUUCCUGCUCUAAAAUGUGUAACUAAUGGAUUUUUGGAACUCACUUUUAACCCACUUUUAAUAAAGCCCAGGUUUACCACUCAGAAAAGUCUGCCCUUUGAAACUCCUUACUUUUCUGUAUCUUUUUUUAGUGUGAGAAAUGGCACAUAAAGUAUAUAAAGCAAUAAGGCAUAUAAAUAGCAUUAGCAUAUUCUAGAGCAGACACCCAGAUAGCCAUCAGAUAGGUCAAGAAGGAACACUACCGACACUUCAGAAUCCCUACCAGUCCCCCUUCUUGGUCAGGACCCCCUCCUCUCUGCCAAGGUAAUCACUGUCUCUUCUUUGAGAGCAAUCAUCUUAUUUCCUUACUUUACAAUUAUGCUGCCUACUUAGUGGGUUGCGCUUCUUUUGCUCAACAUUAUGUUUUGAAGAUUCAGCCAAGUGGUUGCAUAAUUCAUUAUCACUGCACAACAUUCCAUCUUAGAGGUAUCCUAUAAUUUAUAAAUCUUUUCUACUGUUGGGACACAUACAGGUGGUUUCUAGUUUGAGGCUAUUACAAUUAAAUAAUGCUGCUAUGGUAAUUACAGUUUAUCUGCUGAUUCAUGGAUGUAUAUAUUUCAAUGUAUAUACUUAAGAUUAAAAUUAAUUGGUCAUAGGA